AUGGCUGAGCAGACCAGCAACAGCAGCAGCAGUAGCAGCAGCAGUAGCAGCAGCAUCAGCAGCGGCAGCAGCAGCGGCAGCUCGCACAUUGCCGCCGAAAGUGGACCCGAUUUUGAUGCACUGCGCGCCGCGUGCAAUGCGCGCUUGAAUAGCAGCCACCAGUUGACAGGUUCCUACUGUGCCGGCACUUUUGAUGGCUGGCUCUGUUGGCCCGACACGGCCGCCGGCAGUUCCGCUUAUGAGCUGUGCCCGGACUUCAUCACCGGCUUUGAUCCGGCGCGCUAUGCGCACAAGGAGUGCGGCGAGGAUGGGGAAUGGUUUAAGCAUCCGCUGACCAACAAAACCUGGUCAAAUUACACCACCUGCGUGAAUCUGGACGAUUUGGCGCGUAAUCACAAUGUCAACCUGAUCUACGAGGUGGGCUACAGCAUCUCGCUGCUGGCCAUACUUCUAUCGCUGGCCAUCUUGAGCUAUUUCAAAUCUUUAAAAUGCGCCCGCAUCACGCUGCACAUGAAUCUGUUCAGUUCCUUUGCGGCCAACAGUUCGCUGUGGCUCAUUUGGUAUCUGGUGGUGGUGCCCAAUACGGAGCUGGUGCAGCUCAGCCCGGGCUAUUGCGUGGCGUUGCACAUCAUUUUGCACUAUUUUCUGCUGACCAACUAUUCGUGGAUGCUGUGCGAGGGCUUCUAUUUGCACACGGUGCUGGUGGCCGCGUUUAUAUCGGAGAAAAAGCUAGUCAAAUGGUUGAUUGCCUUCGGCUGGUGUUCGCCGGCCAUUGUGAUUUGCAUCUAUGGACUGGCUCGUGGAUUUACUGGGAGUUGGGAACAGAAUCUGCACUGCUGGAUGACCGACACGGACUUCAACUACAUUCUGAUAGUGCCCGUCUGCAUUUCAAUCUUUCUCAAUUUGCUGUUCCUCUGCAAUAUUGUGCGCGUCGUUCUGCUCAAGCUGAACGCCCCGGCGAGCAUUCAGGGCAGCUGCGGACCCUCACGCACCGUUCUGCAGGCAUUUCGAGCUACGCUGCUGCUGGUGCCCCUGCUCGGCCUCCAGUAUAUGUUAACGCCGUUUCGUCCUGGUCAGGAGCAUCCCUUGGAGUAUACAUACCAAGUCAUCUCGGCGUUUACGGCCUCAUUUCAAGGCUUGUGCGUGGCCACAUUGUUCUGCUUUUUCAAUGGCGAGGUGAUUGCCCAAGUGAAGCGCAAAUGGCGCACGGUCUGCUUCAGCAAUCGACCAAGGACAAACUCCUAUACAGCCACUCAGGUCUCGUUCGUGCGCUGCGGUCCGCCAGUGCCUGGCGAGGAGAAGGUAUGACUAAAGGACUUGUCGGCAUCGGCCAAGCGACGCUCCUCAGCGCCCCAUCGCCCACAUCAGCAACAACAACAACAGCAGCUGCAGCAGCAGCAGCAACAGUUGCUGGCACAGCAGCAGCGGGCGAGGAGCCAGAGCCUGGGCAUGACAGGCGCCACAAGCAGCUCGUCCCGCCUUAUCGAUGGCUGGCGCCAUAAACUGCGUUUGCUGCGGCGCCCGAGCGUGGACAAUGCGCAUCAGCGGCAGCCGCUUAUGGAGGAAACAGCUGGCAAUUCGCAGCCGCAAAUGGCAGCCAAUACGCAAGCGGAGGCGGAGGCGGACAGGCCGACGCUGAUGACGACAAUAGCAGAAGAUGUCGCCGAAGCAGCAGCAACAACAACUGCAACUGCAACAGGAAUAACAACAACAACAACAACAAACAAUGCAACUGAACAGCGAAAUGGCACGGGCAUGGGUUUAGGAUUAGUAUCGAGAUCGGGCUUAGGCCUCGCACCCGGUGUAGGUGUUGUCAUUGUCAGCGUCGAUGCGAAUGACCAACAACAUAUUGCCGAUGAGGCGCUCUAAGCAACACACACACACACACACACGCACACACACACACACACACACACACACACACAGACACAAACAAAUCGAGUCACAAAGUUCUGUUACGAAUUCUCAUAGUCUAAGCCAAUUUUAAGCAUGCUACCCGCCCAAAUAAAUAACCAUACUUGAAACUAGAAACCAAAACAAACGAAAAUGCACCCCACCUAGAAAAAAAAAACAAAAAUAUAUAAAUAGUCGCCCGCCCUUCAGACCGAUAAACAAUGUUAAGCUAUAGCAAAUAUCAAUGCAAAGUUGCUUUAAUAAAAGAAAUAAAAAAACUUAAGCUAAACUUUUGUGCAGCUAAAGUCAUAAAAUCAAAACAUAACUGUGCAAAAACGUUCCAAGUUUCAGCUCUGCAACUGUUUUACAGUUAGUUGUUGAACAACGUUUAAAAAUAUAAUCAUAAUAUUUAUAACAGUGCUGCAAAACUGAAAGUAGACAGUUAUCGAUAACUAUCGAAUUAAAAAUGUUCCGGUAUUUAUUUAAUAUACAUUCUACUUUUGAAAAUGUGUUAAACUUGCAAUGUUAUCGAAAUAUCGAUAGACGUUAUACACAAACUAUCGAUGCAAGCAAACGUUAUCGAUAAUUAUCGAAACACAUUUUAUGUUUGAAAAUGUAAAAAGCUAACAAUGUUAUCGAUGUAUCGAUAGCCCCUAUGCAUAAACUAUCGAUUUAAGCAACAGCUUUCCAACACUACAACUAAAAUAUAUGUAUUCUUAGACCUAAGCUAGAUAUCUAAUAACAAAAUUAACAAAUAUUGCAGAUAAAGCGAAGCUCCGAAUUUGGCACAUUAAAAGGCGCUCCCAAAUAAAUAUGCUGCAUAAAAGUUGGCGUAAUUGUUGUAAUAACGAAAUGUAACUAGCAUUUAAUUUACAGCGAACACAUAUUCAGAAAAGUAAACUAUUAUAUGAUUAUUAAGAAUUUAUGUGGAUAUCAAAUAUCAUUGUUGUCGUAAGUGUUAUGUGUCUCUAUAACUAAAUAAUCAUGCAUAUGUGGCUAUUUAUCUAUACAUAUAUAUUUAUGUGGUAAGCUAAGCUUUCUAACAUUUUUUAAGCGCUUUAUGUUUUCGCUAUUAUAGACGAAU